CAUUCAAGCAGAACGGUUUGUGUAUAUAUCAUCAUCAAAACUGAGUUUUCUUAAUUCUCCUCUUGGAUUUCAAAUUGAUCAACCUUUAAUGUGAAGAGAGUAAAGUUUUCUCUCAUCAAUCGGAUUUUUAGUUUUUUUUUUGUUCUCAUCGAAUUUUUCGUGUAUCGAACAAGUGUGUGCUAUUUCUUGAUGUGAUUUUACGAUUGAAUCGUUGAAAAUACGUUUAUUUUUUUUUAUUUGUUUGACACGAAGAAGAAUUGAAAAGAAGUUGUUGCGAGAAUUUUGUAUUUGCAGUGAAAUAAUGGAUUAUCGAAAAACUCGUUUAUUACCAACGGGAGUUUAAGUUGUUCGUGUUAAGAGUGACUAACGUUUUAAAAUAAAGUGUGUUUUAUAUAAUCGCCGUACAAUCUCGAUUAAUAAAAAUCAACAAAUAAAACAAGAAAAAAAUAAACAUAACAAAGUUAUCCAUAACAAGAGAGGCGACGAAUAAAUUGAUGAAUCAAGUCAUUUCAUUGUUUGUGUGAUUGAGAAAUAAUCAGAAAGAAAUUCAACGACAAUCAAACAGGAACGAACAAGUAAUAAAUUACAAGAAAAAGGAGAUUCACCAACUGAGAAGGGAUAUAUCGAAGACGCUUAUUCACGCACACAAACUAAGGAGGGAAAGAAAAAAAAAAUUGGAAAAAAUGCCGUGCUCAGCAGUUACUCUAUCACUAGCCACAAUAGCAGCGAUUGUUUCGGUUGCAUUGUUGUCGAUCGCUUUCUCAACGGACAAUUGGCUCAGCUAUGAAGUCAAAAGAAAUAACAUACAGAAUUAUGCGGCCAAACACCCGGAUUCUCAAUCAUUAUUGGAAAGUGUAAACAAUAAAUACUUUUACUAUACUCGUACCCGUGGCUUGUUUAGAAUUUGCUAUCCAAAAGAAAGACCCCCAGCGUCAGCCGUUGAAAUUUAUUUGUCGCCCGUGGAGACGCAUUGUUCAAAUGUUGAUUACUUCCCCGACUUGGAUGACGAAAAAACAUUGCAGCCGAACGAUGAUGCCAUCACUCGUCUUCAUCUGGCCCGUUCAUGUGUUGCUCUAUUCAUUUUGAGUUUUGUAUCGGUGUUCUGUGCAUUUUGGACUGGUUUAUCGGGAUGUUGGCGUCGAUCGGCUGGUGCAAUCACAGCCACAGCUAUUUUAAUGCUGUUGACAUGCUUAUUGGCUGCUGGUGCAAUGGGACUUUGGCAUACGGUUGAAUUUUUCGAAAAGGAAAAGGUCGUCGGCGAAGAAUUCUAUCAACAAUGGACAAAUGUGUUGCGUGACAAUACUCGCAUCUCUUAUGACUGGUCGUACGUUUUGGCUUGGGCUGGUGUUGCAUCCAGCUUAAUUGCUGCCAUCCUCUUGUCGGGCGCCGCUGUUUGCUUGCGCAGCGAACGCGAAAAGGAAGAACAAUUGAAUUUGCAAUAUUUGAUGCCAGUUUAUCCACAAAAGCAACCUCCAUAUGCUUAUGGUGGCUAUCCACAAAUGUAUCCAGUUCAUCCGUAUCAUGGAUCUCAAUAUGGUCCGUACAACUACUAAACAAACGAUCGAGUGAGAUAAUAUGGUCAACGUGGAAAUGACAACAAUCAAGACAUUUAAAAAACAAACAGAGAAGCGGACUACAGAGAGAAUAAACGACCCAAUAGAUAGAGACAAAUUUGCUGAUAAAAUAGGAAAACGACACAAAUGAUAUGGCGACGACCAAGAAAUUUACUCAUUUUUUAGCGAUUAGCGAAAAAUAUAUUGUAAAGACGAUUUUCAUUUUAAUAUACGCAUAUAUUUUAUUCUGACAUUGUUUUAGACCAAGGAUGAUAUUAUUAUCCGAUUGAGAGAAAUACGCAAUGACGACAACGACGACAAUAGUGAAACAUACAUAACAUUGAUAUAUAAUUCUUUUUAGUUUUAAGACGAUAUGAAUGGAUAGUAAACAGUUAGCGAGUACGUUUGAAUAAACAAAAUACAAUACAAUUUAGACAUCAGAUCGACAAAAAAAGGAACGUUUAAUAGGAUUCAUCUUGUGGUAACAAGCAUUAUUGAAAAAUCUAAUAGUUUUGAUGCAGCAGCAAAUGCACGAAAGGGAGAACAAUAUUUGUCAUACUAUGGUUUAAUUGAAUUAAAAACGAAAAUUUGAUUGUACUUACUUUAGAUUAUUUUGAUCGAAAAGUCAGUAAAAUACAUAGAUUUAUAUUUAUUAUCAUUGUAAAACGACCUCCAUUUGAAAUAAAGAAAUUUAAAAACAAAA